ACCACCACCACCACCAGCACCCACCCCCCCCUUCCUUACUUAACCCAUCCCAACCACCACCCGUUACCUUCCCCACCAUCUUCCAUCACCACCUCUUCCUCCAACUCCCACUACUUCCACCCCCCGGUUCCCCUUGAUUCCUACACCAACCACCACUACCACCACCACCCAAAAGGUCUGUUCUCACAUAUACUCUGUUCACUUCCUUCAUCCCUCUCUCUCCUUCGCCACCUUAAUCGCGACAAAAUCACCUCUUUCGCUCCUUCGCUUGUUCUCUUGUUACCCAAUCAAACACUUCAUUCAACUUCCUGAUCCUCUCGCUGACCCCACUUCUCGCCAACAGCCUACAAACAAACACCACAAGCAGAAAUGGCCCUCAAGAGAAUCACCAAGGAGCUGACUGAUCUCGGACGCGACCCACCCUCGUCCUGCAGUGCUGGUCCUAUCGGAGACGAUUUGUUUCACUGGCAGGCGACCAUCAUGGGUCCCUCUGACUCCCCAUACUCGUCGGGCGUGUUCUUCCUGAGCAUCGCUUUCCCCACCGACUACCCGUUCAAGCCCCCGAAGGUCAACUUCACCACCCGCAUCUACCACCCCAACAUCAAUGCCAACGGCAGUAUCUGUCUUGACAUCCUGAGGGAUCAGUGGUCUCCAGCCUUAACCAUCUCGAAAGUUUUGCUUUCGAUUUGCUCGAUGUUGACCGACCCGAACCCCGACGACCCUCUGGUCCCGGAGAUCGCGCAUGUCUACAAGACCGACCGCGCUCGUUACGAGGCGACCGCGAGGGAGUGGACCAGGAAGUACGCCAUCUAAGGUGUGGGGCGAACAUGUUUGAUUCUCUUUCAUUCGUUCUGACGGCUUGGGUGUUUUCAUUCUUCGGUUUCACUGUACGCAAACACGUGUUGAUACGAUAAAUUGUUCCGUUCGUGGAAGGUCUUUUCUCUCUGGUGUGUGCUUGUGCGUGUGAGAGGUUGGAUGAGAGCAGUGGGGUUUACGAAAAUCAUGAUCAUGACGGGCGGGAGUUCAAGGUGCCGAGAGGGUUGCUUCUAGGUAGUCUAUUCAUUGCGGUACGGCAGCUUACACCAGUAUCCAUCUCUGCUUUCACUUCGUAGUCGUGUAGUUACCUGGAAAAGCGUUGCGAUAAGCAAACAUGUCUUGUUUAGCGGCG